GAGGCUGUCAGUGAGGAGGAGAGCGGGGGAGAAGAUGCUGCUGGAUGGAUGCUGAGAGCUGAAGCCGUUCACAUCCGGACCAGAACCAGAGAACAGCACCGCGUCUGUCCCACAGCCUCAGCAGGACCGGGUGGACGAUGAACGUGUCUGGGGGCACCCUGGGAGGCGACCUUACAGAUGAGGAGAAGGAGAUCAUCAACAGCGUCCUGGCCCGCGCCGCCAUGAUGGAGGCCAUGGAGCAGCAGCGCAUCGAGCGUCUGUCCAGUCGCCUGGACAGCAUUAAGAAGACGGCGUGUGGUGAUGGACAGUCUCGCUGCCUGCUGUGUGGAACGUCCUUCGGAGCGCAGGGGGUCACAGCUGUUCUCUGUUCGCAGUGCAAAAAGCACAUGUGCAGCAAAUGCGGGAUUUGGAUUAACUGCAGGACUUGUCCGAUGUGGCUCUGCCGGAUCUGCAACGAGCAGCAAGAGGUACAGAAACGUUCAGGGGCCUGGUUUUAUAAAGGAAGAGAUCAGCAGGGCCUGCCAUCCCCUCUGCCUCUCUCCAGACCUCCUCAGUCCAACUCAGAGGACAGCACCGGUCCAGGCUGGUCAGAGGGACACAGACCAAGUCAUCAGACUGAUGAGCCUCGGCAGAAGCAGUCCAGUGCGUCAGAACAAUGGGAGCAGACAGCAAGAACAACAACUGACAGCUGUGAUGAGACUCAUUCUACUCAGGCAGCUGGAACCAAGACGGAGAGGCAUGUGUUAGCGUCCAAAGCACCUCAGGCAAACACGCAGCAGACGGCACCCACCCCAGUUCCAGCGGCGGAUCUGGAGAGCAAGCGGCAACCUGUCGUCUCCUCAGGUCCCACUUACAUACCUGCAACCAGGAUCACUCCACCUGCGAAUCCACCUUCCAACAACGCGACGCCUCAGAGGCCCGCUCCAGACCACACAGAGAACGACGACAAUGACUACGACUCGGACGAUGCCACCACACUGGGAUCUCUAGAGUUCAGCCUUCUUUAUGAACAGGAGAAUCAUGCUCUACACUGCUGCAUCAUUAAAGCUAAGGGUUUGAAACCAAUGGAUUCUAAUGGACUGGCAGAUCCGUAUGUAAAGCUACAUCUGCUGCCUGGAGCCAGUAAGUCCAACAAGCUUCGCACCAAGACGCUUAAAAACACCCUGAACCCUCUGUGGAACGAGACGCUGAUCUACCACGGCAUCACCGACGACGAGAUGCAACGCAAAACACUCAGACUGUCGGUGAGCGAUGAGGACAAGUUUGGACAUAACGAAUUCAUUGGAGAGACACGGGUUGCACUCAAGAAAGUGAAGUUUGACCAGAAGAAGAAUUUCAAUGUUUGCUUGGAGAGAGUGAUCCCGGUGAAGAAGGCUGUUGGAGGGUCAAUUCGUGGCAUGGCACUUUAUGAGGACGAUCUGAAGGAAGGCGAAGACUCAGAGGAGAGGGGCCGCAUCCUGAUAUCGCUGACGUACAACAGUCAGCAGAGCCGUCUGGUAGUGGGCGUGGUCCGCUGCGCUCACCUGGCCGCCAUGGACUCCAACGGCUACUCAGACCCUUUCGUCAAAAUAUGUCUGAAGCCAGACAUGGGAAAGAAAGCCAAGAACAAGACGCAGAUCAAAAAGAAGACCCUCAACCCGGAGUUCAACGAGGAGUUCAGUUACGAAAUUAAACACGCCGAGCUCGCCAAGAAAACCCUGGACGUAUCGGUCUGGGACUAUGACAUGGGGAAAUCCAACGAUUUCAUUGGGGGAUGUCAGCUAGGCAUCCAGGCUAAAGGAGAUAGUUUGAAACACUGGUACGAAUGCCUCAAGAACAAAGACAAGAAGAUUGAGCGCUGGCAUGUCCUGCUUAAUGACAAUACUGUCCAGUUUGAGGAUUAGUUCAUGCUGUAAUGAUUCAGUUAUCUGCUUCUUUAUUUGAUCAUUUCUCUGCUAAAUGUUAUUUUUCAGUUUCAAAAGUUAGACCGAUUCCUCCGUGUGUUAGUAUGGAGUUUACCCCAGAAGUCCAAUGUGAAUUUUAAAUUUCUCGUGACAAACAUGGAUGUCGAUCUAAAGUACCCCGCUCCCCCCCCGACCCAUCACCUACCCACCCAGUCCUCCUAAACUAAUCCAGGAAGCUUAUCGUAUCACACCUCUUAAAAUAUGAUAAAGGAGCCUCUGAACUGAGCGUUUAUCAUAAUUUUCGGGGAAGAUAAAAGUCUUUAUCACUGCUAUCAGGUGAGAGUGUUGUAUUGAAGUGUGCACAGAUGCUCAGACCCAACAGAGGGAAUUCCCGGUCAUCUGUCUGACCUUUUCCCACCCCAUCAUGUCAUUCUGGCGACCACGUCAUUGCUGGGUGAAGAGGUCGGCUUUCCUGAUGUAUCUAAUCACAUUUUAUUAGCUGAUGUGUAAUGUUAUUCUGGUGUGUGCGUCGUCCAAAACAAAGCAAGCAAAAAUA